AUGAAUGCAGUUUCAACUCCUAAAGAAACUGCUCAACUAUUCCAAUGCAACUCUCCCGUUUGUUUCUUCUCUUACUUCUCUUCUAUUACAGUCUUUGCUCUGUUUCAAAUAUUGGACACGAGAAGAUCGACCAAGACACCAACUUCCAUUGGUGCUAGCCUUGCUUCAUGCGAUUGUCCAGCAUGUCCUUCUUUGCAAACAGAGGUUGAUCGUGCUCCUAUGGCAAAUAAUAAGAUCAAUAUUCAGUGUCCUCCUGUUCCAGAAUGUAAAUGUUAUUCAAUCACUGAGAAACCUCCAGUUUCCUCGGAUGGGCAAGUCACAAUGGACACGACAUUUGGGAAGGCUCUGUACAAGCUCUCAAAACAAAACGAUGUUCGACUAGUACUAGAGAUUGGUACAUGGUUUGGAGGAGGCUCUACACAAUGCAUUGCUAGAGGAUUACAAGAAUCUGGUCGAGACAAAUUAUUGUACACGAUUGAACUUUAUGAACCUGCUUGGCAAUACGCUCGUAAAACAUUUACUCAUUUACCAAUUCGAUUUAUAUUGGGUGGCACUGUUCCCACCGAAAUGUAUUUGAAACCAGAAGAAACUCCAAACAAAGAUCUUCACUAUCGACUCUAUUAUCAACGAGAUAUUGAACUUUCAAAGAAAUCUAUUCCAUGGCUUUAUCCCUUAUGUUUGGCUUAUCGUUUUGAUGCUGUUCUUAUCGAUGGAAACGAAUGUACUGGUUGGGCAGAAUAUCAAAUUAUUGACAGGUAUUGCAAACCAAAAUAUUUAAUGUUGCAUGACGUGGGAACUUAA